AUGAGCCUAUGUUUCACCGAGAUUAAGCCAUCGCGGCCGCCAAGCAACGAAUUAACGAGUGCAACCGGCUCUCUCGUCUAUAUUCUCAACGUCGUUGACCCCGCGUACAGUAUCUUGUCGUUUGGGGAGCGCCUCAAAGACAUUCCUAAGAGGAUGGAACACAACAAGGUGCUCACUGCAGCUUCUAAAGCCCUUACUGCAAGUGUGUUUAGUUUUUACACAGGUUCAGUUUCGUCAAAGCCCUUGGUCCACUACGGGGAGGCCCUGCGCGUGCUUAUAAGUAGUGUCGGGGCAGUGCAUUGCAAAACCCAAAUCGUUGACACAAUGUGUGCCAUUGGCAUUCUUCUGGCGUCCCAUAAUGUGCGCGGCAGCAAUCGGCGAGAAUUUGAAGUUCUUUUAAGAGGACUAGUAUACUUUCUGGAUAUGCUGGGCGAUGAAGAGUUGGAAAAUGCUUUCGACAACGAAGUAGUCUCGAACUUACGGCGUCUUGUGAUAGUCGCAAGCAUUAUGGAUCCUACAAUGAGAUUCAACCCUCGUCUUCACGACGGGAAGAAGCGCCAGUCUGGUCUUGUAGCUACAGCACCCGGCAACGUCGGGACUGCUCGAUGCAGUCAACAAUGGCGCGAUUUGAUUCAAAUUUCAUCUUAUUUAGAAGACCCGACCUCGAAUCUUGACCAUAUUACGACGACUUAUCAACGACUUUCGACCGACUUGGCGCUUCUUGAAAAGAAUGCGACGGAUGUAUUUGGCAAGGUCAAAACGAGUCGGGACUCACUGCUUUCGCUACAAUAUAUACGCCAAGAAGCCGGCAAUUCUGGGCUUCUCACAAUGGCGAUGGCAUUAAACAUGACACUCCGGAUCAUAGAUCCCGGGAAUAGCGCCUUGUUAGAAGAAGCUGUCACUUUUGUGUCAGUGGUGCUGAGGGCCGCAGACAGAGUCUCUCUGUUCAAGCCGCUCAGUACCGCAUUACUCGGCAACUCUCUAUGCCUUGCUUGGGUGGUUGCUGUGAAUCCUCAAGAAAAGGAGAGAGUGCGUAAAAUGCUGGAUGAGCAUUCUUACAUCUUCCGGGGCACAACAUGGGAGUGCUUGGCGACCAAGUUCCAGAAACGAUUUGACGGUAUUCGCGCACAAGUCAGAUCCCCUAAGACUCCGGCAUAA